AUGCAAGGUCAGGAAGCCACCUCGUCCUCCAGUACCAUCCCACACAGCCAUGGAUCCAUGCACCAGUACCGGCCCACACAGUCAUGGUCGCGGCUUCUGUUUCCGGUCCCAGCAGCAGGAAGCCAGCUCGUACUUCUGCUCCGUGCCAUGGUCCCUGCUCCAGUACCGGUCCACACAGCCAUGGUACCGUGCUCCAGUCCCAUCCCACACAGCCAUGACCCAUAUGAUGAUGAUGAUCUGAAGGUGAAGACCCAGAGACCUCGAUCAGCUGACCAGCCAGGUGUGUUUCAGGCACAAACUGGCGACCCUGCGGCAGAGGAGUGGUCUCAGUGGAGUGUGUGUUCUCUUACAUGCGGGCAAGGCUGGCAAGUGAGGACGCGAUCAUGCGUUUCCUCUCCCUAUGGGACACUAUGCAGCGGAGCCCUGCGGGAAACACGCAUGUGCAACAACACCGCUUCCUGUCCGGGCGAUCCGGGCAUCUCUGGCUCAGUGCAUGGGCUUUGGGAGGAGUGGUCGUCAUGGAGUCUGUGCUCUGUGACCUGUGGGCGGGGCUCCAGGACUCGAACCAGGAAGUGUGUAAACGGAAGCGCGGCAAUGGCUUGUGGAUAUCCCGAGACUCAGACCAAACUCUGCAACAUAGCAGUGUGUCCUGUGGAAGGCCAGUGGUUGGAGUGGGGGCCGUGGUUGAAAUGCAGUGUGACCUGUAACACGGGAAGCCAGCAGAGACAGAGGCGCUGCAGUGCGUCUGUGCACGGCUGGGCUGAGUGUAAUGGGGAUCAUCAGGAGAGCAGAGAAUGCACCAACCCUUCCUGCAGUGGUGGAGGUAACUGGGGCAACUGGAACCACUGGAACCUCUGCAGCAAGACAUGUGACUCGGGUUGGCAGCGCCGCUUCAGGAUGUGUGAGGGGACCGGAGACCAGGGCUAUCCAUGUGAGGGCUCAGGAGAGGAGGUCCGGGCCUGUAAUGAGAAGAAGUGCCCUGCUCCUCAUGAGAUAUGUAACGAAGAUAACCUUCUCUCUAUGUCAUGGAAAAGGGCCUCAGCUGGAGAAACUGUCUACAACAAGUGUCCAACUAACGCCACAGGAUCUGCUAGUCGUCGUUGCAUGCUGGAUAAUAAUGGAGUUGCUUUCUGGGGUCCUCCGAGCUUCGCCAGAUGCGUCUCACUUGAUUAUAGAUAUUUACAUUUAUCUUUACGAGAGCAUCUCGCGAAGGGUCAGAGGACCCUGGCUGGGGAGGGCAUGUCUCAGAUCGUAAGGACUCUCCUGGAGCUCUUGCAGAGAGGGAGCUACUACAGUGGCGACCUUCUCUUUUCCACGGAGAUCCUGCGAAAUGUGACGGACACCUUCAAAAGAGCAACCUACGUCCCAGCUCCCGACGACGUGCAGAAACUCUUCCAGGUAGUCAGCCUCAUGUUGGACAUGGACAAUGUGGAGAAAUGGGAGGACGCCCACCAGGUCGCUCCCGGUGCUGCUUUGCUGAUGAGGAUAUUAGAAGAUUUCAUUCACCUCAUUGGAGAAGCCCAGAAGCCUUUCCAGAGUUUCUUGGUGGUCACCAACAAUCUCAUGAUAACCGUCCAGAGAGAGCCAGUGUCAGCCGUUUCCAGCGAUAUCAACUUUCCAGUGAAGGGCCGGAGAGGGAUGAAGGACUGGGCCAGAACAUCAGAGGACAAGCUCUUCAUCCCUAAAGAGGUCUUCAUCAACCCGGCUGAAGAGACAGAAACAGAGUCAGAUGCUCCGAUGUACUAUGUCAUCGGAGCCAUCUUGUACAGGACGUUGGGCACCAUCUUACCCGCACCAAACGCCCCUGCUGUGAUUAACUCGAAGAUCCUUACAGUGACAGUACGACCGGAACCACAACCCAGCAAGCCCAUGGUGGUGGUGGAGCUAUCACCACUUUUCAAUGGUACAUCAGAUCCACAGUGCAUUGUCUGGGACUAUGGCAACCCGGAAGCUGGCGCAGAAAACUGGGGCACAGAAGGCUGCCAAACGCUCGCGUCAACCACUGUCCACACCAAAUGCCUCUGCAGCAGGAUAUCCACCUACGCCGUGUUAGCGCAGCAAGCUAAAGACCCGUUGUUAUUCCUACUCAUGCCGCAGCUCCUUGACUGCUGCGCUCACAAAAUGUUCGCUUGA